GCAAGAUACCUGUCAGUGUGUGCCUCGAGUGAAACGACAAGAUGUCAGGCGAAGCGGCUGUCUACGUCGACGACAAGGUCGGAUCGGAUGAACUGGGCGAUGGCAGCAUCGGCAGACCUUUCCAGUCGCCCCUGGGAGCCUAUAUCGCCAAAGGAACAGAGGUCAAAGUGCUCGUACGCAAAGCACUCUCUCCUACCCAAGACGAGCCUGCACCUGCUCAAGGAGGCCAAGAAUGGGUAGAAGCUACCUCGAGCUCGCUCAAGAAGGCCAAAAAGCUGCACGAAGCGCAUCUGCGCAAGCAGCAAAAAGCUCAGGACACAAAACAGAGAGAUGAAGCGGCUGCGAAAGCCAAGGCAGACUCGGACGCUGCAAAGAUCGAAGCUGCAAAGGCCGUCGUCAUCACAGAGCCAGAAGGAGCCCAAGCGGUCAAAAUCAAGCUCCGUCAGACAACACAGAACAGAGGGCAUCGCGUCAGAGUCUUUGGCUGGGUCCAUCGCCUGCGACAGCAGAGUGGCCUCACCUUCCUCGUCCUAAGGGACGGUACUGGCUAUCUGCAGUGUGUCCUGUCCGGCAAGCUCAUCGAGACGUAUGACUCGCUCACUCUCAAUCUUGAAGCUAGCGUGGAGAUCACGGGUACCAUCACUGCACUGCCCGAAGGCAAGACAGCGCCAGACGGUCACGAGCUCAUGGCAGACUGGUGGCGUGUCCUCGGCGCGGCUCCGGGAGGCGAGGCUGCCAUCACCAAUAAAGUUGCAGAGACAGCAAGCGCUGAUCUGCUCGCUGAUAACCGCCAUCUAGUCAUACGAGGCGAAACGGCAUCCGCCGUUUUGCGUGUACGCGCUGCACUUCUCAAGGCAUUCCGAGAGACCUAUGAGCGUCUUGGGCUCUUGGAAGUCACGCCACCCUGUAUGGUACAAACACAAGUCGAAGGCGGCUCGACGCUUUUCAGCUUUGACUACUAUGGUCAGCAAGCCUACCUAACGCAGACAAGUCAGCUCUACCUCGAGACCUGUCUGCCUGCCUUAGGCGACGUUUUCUGCGUACAAGAGAGCUUCCGGGCAGAGAAGAGUCACACACGCCGACAUUUGUCCGAGUAUACACACGUAGAAGCCGAGCUGGCCUUUCUGACCUUUGACGACUUACUCGAACAUAUAGAAGAGAUGAUCUGCGGCUCGGUCGAGCUGGUUCUCAAAGACCCGGUCGCAGGUCCUUUGCUCAAACAACUCAACCCAGAUUUCAAACCCCCCACUCGACCGUUCAUGCGAAUGGACUACAAAGACGCGAUCAAAUACUUGCAAGAUAAUGAGAUCCUGACUGGCGACGGCAAACGACAUGAGCUCGGUGUAGAUAUCUCAGAGGCGCCGGAGCGACAGAUGACUGACCGCAUAGGCAAACCUAUCUUCCUCUGUCGCUUCCCAAAGGAGAUCAAGGCAUUCUACAUGAAGAAAUGCCCGGAAGAUCCUGGAUACACAGAGAGUGUCGACGUACUCAUGCCCAAUGUGGGCGAGAUCGUUGGCGGCUCGAUGCGCAUCUCCGACAUCAACGAGCUUCUCGAAGGCUACAAGCGUGAAGGCAUCGAUCCGACACCGUACUACUGGUUUACCGAUCAGAGAGUAUACGGAUCGGGCAACUCGGGCGGCUACGGUCUUGGACUCGAGCGAUGUCUGGCUUGGCUGACCAACCGCUUCACCGUCAGAGAUUGUUCUCUGUAUCCAAGAUGGACAGGACGCGCGACCCCAUAGACGC